CUUGCCUCCCAUUCGACCGUGGCCCUUCGCUACUGCCGCGGAGUGAGAGAAGGGGACUCAGCUAGGGUUUUUGACGGAGGACUACACUCAAAUCUUAUCGACGAGGGUUUUCUUCUCCUUUCCAAGAAUCGACAUCCAGUCUAUCGGAGCAGGUUCACAUGGCCUCCCAAACUCCUAUUUUUGUUCUAGAUGAAAAUUUGCCAAUCCAUAGAGGCAAAGGUGUUGGUGGUGUAAAGGCUGAUGUGCCCAAGCCCACAAAGCCAGCACGCCAUGAACGAAAAGCUUUGCAGGAUCUUUCAAAAGAUGGAAAGCCUCUGCCAACAGGUGCACCAAAGGGAUCUACUUUGAAAGAUAAGGCUGUAGCGCAUGGUCAUGAGAACUCCAAGAAUGCCUCAAAGAAUAGUUUUCUGACUGACGAGGAAAUAAAGAAAUGUCAUGAGUGGGCCAAGGAGGGAAUCGAGCAUGCCCAUUUUACAGGAACUGAGCAGCGAAAACUCCAGAAAGAAAAGGAUAAAGAACGUGUAAGAAAGAAAGUGGAUAAAGUAAUGUCUGCACUUCGUGAAUGGACUGACAUGGCCUAUAAUUUUGGAUUGCCAUUGGUGGAUGCUGCUGAUGUUUCCAAAGACAUUGGGAAGCUGGGGUUAGAGCCAGAGGUGCUUCCUCCCAGGGCUAGAUCUCACUUGAAUUCAGAGGAUCUUCUUCCGGAGCCCGAGCUUGACUGGUACCCAUUUCUUGACCAGACAUUGGAGCACAAGCUGAAAGACGAUAUUGAUAGCACAUGAAUUUGCCUUUUUCCCUUUUGUUUGGUAAAUUUCGGCUGUGGCAGCAUCAGAAAGCUAUCAAUCUUUAUCUAAGGAUAUUUAAUGGUGUCUGAAUCUCAUUGCUGGAUCAAGAUGUUAUGUUGAAAUUGUCAUUGUAAUAUGCCCAUUUGCUCAAUAGCCAUUUUCUUUGGGGUUGUGUUACAA